GUAUGGAAGUCAACAAUGCAGCAAUUCCCCCGCCUCACAUUCUCGGCUACACGAUACGCAGCCGCACUCGCAUCUAUGUGUCCUACAUUGUGCCGACCAGUUUAGCCUUGUUAGUCUAUAUUGUGCAAACUUCAGCGGAUCUGGCCCUGAGCUAUCAACACUUCCGGACGAAAGAGCCGGGCUUUGGUGCAGGAACCUUGAUUGUUGUGCUUCUACCAGCCAUACUUACCUUUAUCUUGGUGCUCAGCUCCAAAGAGCAGCGAACAAAUGUGGCAGGAAGUCGAAGUACAUUUUGGGGACUUCACGUACUGCAGCUGUUGCUUUUCCCAUUUUUUGUUGUAUAUAGAUUCACACUGCGCCUGUUCUGGGCCAUCGACGCAUUGUUCCAUGAUGAUGAUGAUACCGAGCGUAUGAAAAGCCUGGCCAAGGCAACAAAAACGUCCAGUAUCGAGCUGUACCUGCUCAUACAGGCCUAUGCACAGGCAGCGCCUCAGAUAAUCCUGCAGUUGUAUAACAUGCUGGCACAGGAUAUGUUUCGCAACUACGAGACCUCCGCCGUUCAGGCCCUAUCAUUGAUCUUCUCGGCAAUCAAUUUGGCGGCCAUAACAACAAGCUAUCAUCGCAUCGAGAGUCAGCGACGCGUUGGGCGGCAUUAUCCUUGGGCCACCAAGCGGCAAGUAGAUGCACAUCAGUCAAUGCUGGAACAAAAUGAGCGCAUCUGCAAGGAGGCAGCUGAGCGGAAAAAGCGCGACUCGGAGCGAACUAUUACCAGCUUUCCAGAGUCUGAAAAAAUUAUGGCUAAUUUCCAUGCGCGGCAUGAAGCAACAGCUGAAGGCGAAAAACGCCAUGAACUACACAUUCAGGGCAUGGAUGAGGUGGACAACGAUGCUGCAGAGCAGCAGGAGACAAAGGUCCUCCUACACACUCCCUCGAGCCAGAGCCAUGGUAAUAUCACUGAUGAUGAUAAAAUUGAAAACACCAGACCCAAAUUACGACUACACCGCGAAGAGCUUGGCAAUCUGGAUAGCAUAGAAAUACUCGACACUGUACCAGAAACGCCACCGCCCAGACCACCGCCUGCUACAGCCCCGCCAACAUUGCCAGUAUUAAGAAGUGCAGACAUCGGAGCAGCGGACUUAAGACGGACUAUGUCGGAUAACGACAGUCGACGCAGUCGUCGAAUGAAUCGACCACUCUCCCAGCUCGAGACAUUUAAGGAUAUGCUGCUGGUCAACGCUCAGCUCUAUAUUAAAGAAAACGUGCCACGCCCCCCAAAAAUGCUCACAACACGCGUCGAUAAAGAGCCAACUGACGAACACACUCCCCUAGUCCAGCAAUCACCAGCCCCUCAAACACCCAAUUCCCAAAAAGCAUCGCCGCUCACGCCCAAAGAUGUUGUGGACUUUUAUUUUCCACGUCCUACAAAAAUUGUCAAUGGAAUACAACAGGACGACUUUGCGGGCCGAUCUGUUGCCUUCUUUGGCUGGAUGGCUUUCAUUAUAAUGCGAAUGCUGUCGUUAGCCACUUUCUGCAUCUUCUACCCAAAGGCUUUCUUCAUAAUUGUGGGCGUCCAUUACGCCCUAAUGAUCGGUGCUUUGGGCUUCGAAUCCCGCUUCCGGGGCACCUGGAAUCGGACGCUUUUCUAUCUUCUGCUCGCCUACAUCUACAUUUUCGUUCUUCUCGAGUUCCGUGUGUGCUUCAAGCGCAUAAGAUUGUGGUACACUAGUUAUUUGAUCCUAACGCUUGCGGAGAAUAUAUCCAUGACGGCCAUUUGGUAUAAUAAUGCAGAUUUUGAGUCCUGGUGGUUCGGAUUUAUCUGGGAGUGGAUUAUCUACAGUGGUGUCCUAUUUUUAGCCACAAUCAUUGUAUAUUAUUUCAUACUGCGGCCCAAAGAAGUAGCGCUAAUCGUCGAGGAUGAAGCGCAGGCGCAGUCUCAAACUGACACCCCAUCGAUUGCCUGAAGUUACAUUCGUUGCCAGGGGCUGACAAUUUUGUUUUUAUUUAGUUCUAGGCCACACAGCAGGCAUUUACAAUUUUAUAUUAAAAAUACACACUCAACAAUAAAUUAUUUCCGUACUCGAGUACACUUCACAAAUAC